UUCAAAGAGAUUACCUCGUGUAAUAGUUUCAAAUUAAAUUUUUCCACACACACAGUUGAUAAAAAUUAUCAAAAAGUAAAACGAGUAAAAAUCCAAAUUAAACACAGCAAACAUGUCGGAACAAGAACAAAACUCACAAAAUGGCCAAGACUUCACGCAAGACGUUAAAGACGGCGAAGACGUUCAAAUGAAUGGCAAUGGAAACUCUGACAACCAGAAUGGGCCUCCAGCUCGUGAUGAUGACAGAAAAUUAUUCGUUGGAGGUCUCAGCUGGGAAACAACUGAAAAGGAACUUCGUGAUCAUUUCGGACAAUACGGCGAAAUCGAAAACAUUAAUGUCAAAACCGAUCCAAACACGGGUCGCUCUCGCGGCUUUGCAUUUAUCGUCUACAAGUCAGCUGAAGCUUUAGACAAGGUCUCCAAUGCUGGCGAUCACAUCAUCAACAACAAGAAAGUCGACCCGAAGAAGGCGAAGGCACGUCACGGCAAAAUCUUCAUCGGCGGCUUGACACCCGAAAUCAGCGACGACGAAAUCAAGACGUUCUUCGGGCAAUUCGGCAACAUUGUCGAAGUCGAGAUGCCAUUUGACAAGCAAAAGAACCAACGCAAAGCCUUCUGCUUCAUCACGUUCGACUCGGAGCAAGUGGUGAACGAGUUGCUGAAGACGCCCAAACAAACGAUCGCCGGCAAGGAAGUCGACGUAAAGCGUGCCACACCAAAGGACGGAAAUGCUCCCGGCGGUUUCCCCAUGGGACCCGGAGGACGUUUCCAACGCGGCGCCGGACCACGCGGAGGUCCCGGAGGACGAGGCGGCAAAUUUGGCGGACAAUGGGGCAAUCAAGGAUAUCCUCCAUACGGGCAAUACGGAGGCGGUCAACCUCCAUACUAUGAAGGAUACGGUUACAAUCAGGGAUAUUAUGAUUAUGAUCAAUACGGUGGAUAUUACAGUGGCUAUCCAAAUUAUGCAAAUGGGGGAUCUGACUUGCCGAAACCAAAGUAUGGUGAUUACAACUACGGCGGCGGUUAUGGAGGGCGUUCAGGCCCACGAGGCGGGGGCAAAGGCGGUCCAGGAUUUCAAGGAAAACAACGCGGAGGUCGUCCUCAAAGACAUCAACCUUAUUAAGUUAAAAAAAAUAUAUAUUUAAAAAUGUGAAUCAUCAUAAUUGCAUUGAUCCCUUAGGAAAAAAAACUUACAUUAAGUGUUUUGUGUGAAAUAGUAUUUUAAGUGCAUCAACAAAUAAUUUCUCAUUCGUCAACUGAAAUAAAUAUUAAAAUAUAAAAAGUCAACAAUAAAAAAUUGCCUCAAAAGUCACCAAGCUACAUAAAUUAAAGAAAAAAAAUAAUAAUACAACGUAAAUAUUACAGCAGACACGCGCAACAAAACACAUCAUUCCAUUUAAUUCUUAAAAAAAAAAUAUAAUUUCAUCCAAAAUAGCAGCUGCUUUCUGCCAUCAUCCAAAAAAAAAUCAAUCGAUCAAGGACAUUGAAUUACAAAAAUCAUUAAUUUACGAUGAAAAACGGGAAUCGUAGCAGAGAUAUGAAGUAACAAAAAAAAAUCACACAAACCCUUUUUAAUUAAAUCUCGCCGCCGCCGCCGAAUAACAAAGACAAGUAUUUUCAUACAAAACCCCCACAAAAAAAAACACAUCAUAUAUCAUAAAAUAAUUAAAAUAAUUAUUAUUUAGUAUUUUUUUGCUCAUCCAAUUUUUUUAAAUAAUUUUUUUUAUGUUUCUAAUGUUUUUUUUUCGCUUUGAAAUAGUUAUAACGUGAUUAUUAUUAUAAUUAGAGCUUUCAUUUUUUUAUUAUUUAAAAUACUUAUAAUUUUUUUUUAUUAGAUUUUAGUUUUCAUGUUGCAUUCGUUAAUAAUUUUCAUUCAUUGUUUUCAAGGAAUCAUACAAAAAAAUAUUAAAUUAAGUAAAAAAAAACAGUAAAUUAUGACAGUGAUGAAAAAUACACUUAAUAGUUUUUAAAGAUUAUAUAUAUUUGAUUUAAGCUCCUUCCUCGUUUUUAUUAG